AUGCCGAGGGUUUCAAUUCCAACUUUGAUGUUAAAGCAAGUGGCAGAGAUUUACAUGAAAACAAUUUUUGAGGAAUUCCAAAAUGAGUACGUCCAGUCCAUUGAAGCAUCCAUUAUAGGCACUAUUAAUGAUGGUAAGAGUACCAUAUUCACAAUAAGAACAGUGGUAGAUGGAAAAAAAGAUAAGAUUGUGACAAUGGAUAGAGGGGGUUCUUUAAGUUGUAGUUGUAAGAAAUUUGAAGUGAAGGGCAUACUAUGUCGACAUUGUGUGAAGGUGCUUAGAGAUAUAUUCAAUGCAAAGGAACUUCCUCCACAAUAUAUACUCAAACGAUGGACUAAAAAAGCAAGGGCGGAAUGUGUGACAAAUAGACGUGGGUAUGAAGUGAAGGCUGAUGUGAAACUACAUCAAAGUGACCGAUAUCGGUCAUUAAUGACCAUGUUUAGAGCAAUAGCGAGUAGAGCUGCUAAAAGUGAAGAAACUUAUCAGUUGUUAGUUUCAAAAGGUGUAGAAUUGAGUGUAAUGGUUGAAGACAAAUUAAGUCUCCACAUUUGUGGUCAAGUUGAGGUAACUGAUUUGAGAAAUUCGUCAAGUAACGCAUGCCCACAAAGUGAUGAAGUAGAUUGUCCAAUCCAAGCUAAGGGACUGAAGAAAAGAGAAUCAACUAGUAAGGGAAGAAGGAGGAUCAAAGGCGAGAUGGAAAAAUCUAUUGCAAAGAAGAAAAGGAUGCAAUCUAUUCAGCCUCAUUUCAGCAUGGGUAAUAAUUCUAUUCAGUCAGGUGCUACUGUUUAUAUUUCCCAAGGUGAAUCACAACCUCGUUUCAUCAUGGGUAGUAAUUCUGUUCAGUCGGGUGCUACUGUUUAUACUUCCCAAGGUGAAUCAUAA